AUGGCAGACUUUGACGGCAUCGGUCGGGCAUUUUUGACAUGGCUUCAACAGUCUGGCGCUGAGCUCAGUCCCAAGAUCAAGCUGGAUGACCUUCGACACGCGCAAGCCGGGAGAGGCGUUGUUGCUACACAAGAUAUCGCCGAGCACGAGCUCCUCUUCCGCAUUCCCCGCUCGGCAAUUCUCAGCGUUGAGAACUCGAUCCUGUCCUCAGAGAUUCCCAACGCCACCUUCGAUACCCUUGGCCCAUGGCUCUCUCUCAUUCUCGUUAUGCUUUACGAGUACUUCAAUGGCGACGUCUCCAACUGGGCUGCAUAUUUUGCUGUCCUGCCCUCUGAAUUUGACACCCUUAUGUACUGGACCGAAGACGAGCUCGCUGAACUGCAGGCCAGCGCUGUUCGAGACAAGGUCGGGAAGGAGAGCGCGAACAGAAUGUUCCUUGACCAGUUGAUCCCAGUGAUCAAAGAGUUUGCGUCACUCUUCUUUGCAGACGAUGAGCGUGCGCCACAACGGGCAGAAGAGAUGCGCGAUGAGCGCAACCUUACUUUGAUGCACCGUAUGGGCUCGCUGAUCAUGGCCUACGCCUUUGAUGUCGAGCCCUCAGUCUCACGCAAAGAUAUUGACGAAGAGGGAUAUGUGUCUGAAGACGAAGAUGAAGCCCUUCCAAAGGGCAUGGUCCCCUUGGCAGACAUGCUGAACGCUGAAGCUGACCGUAAUAACGCUCGCCUAUUCUAUGAGGCAAACUCUCUGGACAUGAAGGCCUUCAAGCCAAUCCGCGCCGGUGAAGAAAUUUACAACGACUAUGGGCCUCUUCCACGAUCGGAUCUGCUUCGACGCUAUGGCUACAUCACCGAAAAUUACGCUCAAUACGACGUUGUGGAGAUUUCCAUGGAUCUUGUCACCGACCUUGCGACAGCGGCCGGCAUCUACUCCGAGGCAAGAAUUGACUACCUUGAUGAGCAAGGCGUUAUUGACACUGGCUAUGAUCUCACUUCCAGCAACCCUUUCGCGUUGCAAGAGUGCUUAUCUCCUGGACUGGUCGUCCUUGCUGAGACCCUCCUGCUUCCAGGCGAAGAAUUCGACCGUAUGAAGAAGAAGGGAAAGCUACUCAAACCAGAUAAGAUGACGAGCAACGGCGCUGGAUUCUUACGUAGACUGAUUCAGGCGCGACUCGCACAGUACGUAACAAGUUUUGACGACGAUGUCCGCAAUCAUACCGAGGUACCGAGUGUUGGUGGGCAUGGCUCCAAAGAGCGCCGCUUUGCUAUGGCUAGAGCGGUGCGAAUCGGGGAAAAAAGACUGCUAAUGCAGGUGGAGGAAGCGCUGACUGAAAAACUUGCUGGAGGCGCAUCUAAAAGACCACGAGAGGUAGAUGAAGAAGGGGAUGUGGAGAUGGGAGGUACUGGGAAAAGGCAAAGAGCAUAA